AUGUCUAUGAAUAGAAAUACUAGGAAAUUACUAUUUUGUUUACCUAAACAUUUCAAGUUAUGUAGAUCAUGGCAGAUCAAUAAUGUAUUAUAUUUAAGUACCGCAAAUGAGAAGAUAAUUAAGACUAGGAUGAAGUCUAUUGAAUCAAUUCAAAAGAUGACUAACGCGAUGAAGGUAGUUGCUAGAUCUAAACUUAAAAGUGACCAAAGGCGUUUUGAACCCUCACUGCACUUUACAACUACCCUUAAGAGUCUAUUCAAAGACAUAUUCCCAGCUAUAGAACUCAACAAUAAAGGUGGAGAAGAUGGCAUAGUAUAUAUAUUGCUGCCAUUAACUUCAGAUAAAGGCCUUUGCGGUGGGUGUAACAGUGCCCUCGCUAAUUUGACCAAACUUAAAAUCAAUGAAUUAGAGUCACAGGGUUACAAAGUUCUCAUUUGUGGUGUAGGUGAAAAAAUUGGUAAUAUUUUACAACGAAACUAUAGUAGCAGAUUUAUCCACAUGUUUUCUGGGAUAGGCAAAGACUCUUUAAACUAUUCCAUGGCAACAGUAAUAUCCCAGAAGAUUCUUAAUGAAAUGCUGAAGUACUCUAAUUGUAAACUAGCUUUAUUAUACAACCAGGUCAGAUCAGCUAUUGCAUUUGAUAUAGUUUUCGAACCAUUAAUAACUCCUAAGGAUAUACAAGAAUCGAUAAACUCGUCAUGGGAUUUAGAUAAGAACUACGAGUUGGAGCCACAAAAGAGUGAGCUAUUACCAGACUUCUAUGAAAUAUACUUAGUGGCAUCAAUAUUUGGUGCUAUGCUCAAUGGAAAUAUUGCUGAGAAAUCAUCAAGAGUAUUUGCUAUGGACAAUGCCUGUAAAAAUGCAGAGGAGAUGAUAUCUUCUUUGACUAUUUUGCAUAAUAAGUCACGGCAGUCAAGAAUUACAAUGGAGCUUAUAGAAAUUAUUUCAGGUACAAACACAUGA